AUGAAAGUGCUUGUGAUCGUCUGUGUGGUGCUGGCCAACCUAUUGACAGUGCGUUCGGAUCAGACGGAUUUCAAUCACAUCAACUCGGAUGGAUCGUUUGCGUUCGGCCUGAAAAACUCCGACACACCCGGCGCCCAUUACCACACGGCCAGUGGCAACCCGAAGACGAUUGUUCGAGGCCGUUACGGAAGCCGCCAGCCGGACACGGGGCGCGUCGAGGAAACGAUCUACACUGCGGGACCACGCGGUUUCCGUGCCCGUGGGCCGAAGAUUCAUCGCAAGCAGAGUCUCUCGCAGGUCCCACGUGGUCCCGUUGGAACGCCUGAAGACCCGCAAGCGGAUCCGUACGAUGAUCCGAGCUACGAUUUCCAGUUCAAGACGCGCAACUACCAACGGCGGGAAGGCUCCGACAGCAAUGGACGCGUGAACGGUCUCUACACGUACAUCGACGACGUGGGUGAGAAGCACUCUGUGCGGUAUUCAGCUGGAUCGGGUACGGGAUACGAGGUGGCCAACCCCAUUCCGGACGCACCGAACACGAUCGCCUACGAAAGUCCGCUGUACAAAACGCACAAGCAAGUGCGCGGGAAGGUGGCAUUCGAGAGCGGACCUACCGGAUCUGGCCAGUAUAAGUUGCUUUCCGUGGGUCCUGACCAGCGACGUGCGGAAACGACCGGUCCGGAUGGAGUGACGCGUGGCUCCUACUCCUAUCUGGACGAUAAGGGUGUACAGCGUACGGUUCAGUACAUUGCAGGAGCCGGUAUCGGUUACAAGGUGGUUCAGAGCACGGUUGGUGCCGGGACGCAUCGUUUACCACAGCCCAAUUUCGGCGUGAACCACGUCGAGCAGAGUGAAAUUGGGGACAACAACAAUCCUUCCUACCAGACGGCCCCAUCCGGACCAGCCAGUGAGCGUCCCGGCGCAGGAUACGACCACGUGGCUCGACCAACGGGUUCCGGUGGUUACGAUGGUGGUUCAAACCGACCCACGGCUCCAGGAGGCUCGUACGAUCCACCAACAGGUCCAUCGGGCGCUGGAAGCCCUUAUCCGGAUGGAUCGAAACCGUCCGGAUCGGGAUACCCGGAUAACGGUCGUCCAACGGGCCAGGGAUUCGACGAGGAAGACUUCGAUAGCAAGCGUCCCACGACGAAUCCUCCCAGUCUUCGUCCUCCGACCACGGAUCGUCCAACGGCACCAAGCGACUCGAGCGAAGCGUCCCGCGAGAAAUACCCACGUCCGGACGACUCAUCCGAUCAUGAUCUUGGGGGUUACGGGGACGACAGCAUCAUCGGACUCUUGCCACCUAAGUACGAUUACGAAGCGGGAGGAUCUGGACCUGGUUCGAGUGGGGCUGAUCCCGACCACGACCAACCACCACUCUCCGGCCCGUUCGAUGUGGCAAUCUCGAGUGGACCAUCGGGACCGGCACCGUAUCCGAGCUUUGGUGAAUCCGCCCCCGGGACAAACGCGUUUAACUCGAACGAUUUUGCUGGCUUUCCCGAGGUGACGUACGAUCAGAAGAAGCUAGAGGAUGACCGCAAAAAGGACUGGCGUGAUUUUGCCAAGGACUCGACCAUCAUCAAAAACGUGGGCGAUUGGUAUGUGGGCCUGGCACCGGGUGCAUCCGUUCGAGCGCACAUACAGAACAUCGAUCUGCUGCCGUACGGUGGUCGAGCACCUUCACCGGGGGAUGCACUGCGUCGGGACACACAGGCGCAGGCUAAAUCGAGCUCUACCGGUCGCAGGAAACCGUACGAAAAGCGGUAG